AAAGUAAUUGCAUGCAUCCUUCAGUAUUUUUAACUCAGUGCCAGUUGUGAUAUUUCUUUCUGAUGUCCUUGUUUGUAAUAUUUUAUUUAGGCUUGAGAAGUUGCAAACAUCUAUUGAGAGGCAACAAGGAAUUAAAAGGAAGUGGUCUGUGGCAAGUUCUUUGUAUAAAGAAGUUUUUGCUCGCCUCAAGCUUAAACAAGGGUGUCAGUUACUCAAAAAAACUACACCACCUAGCAGCGGAACGGACUUUUGUUCUGGAAAUGAGGAAAAAGUAUGCAGAUGGACAAGCUAUUGCUAAAAAGCUGAACAAGGAACUUACCAAGAUAACAGCCAGUGUCAAACUCCUCAUACCCCAACUGAAAGCUUUGAGAACUGCCCAAUUUGGUGAUCUGUCAGGUGAUGAAGUUUUUGCCAUAGUGAAAGAUACGCAAUCACCCAUUUACAGUUGAGUCAACGUGGAUCCUCAAAGUAACACCCUAGCCCAUUCUACAAAAAUACAAAUCAUAAAUGUGUUUUUGUUGGAAGAAAAGGGCCAA